GUAUUCUGUAUCAUCAAUGAGUCAAUACGCUCAAACACCAAAGUCCGAGCUGGACGAGGCGCAACUACGCGAGCUGGAGGAGUAUGAAAUCAGCCAAGGCCCGCUUUCAGUCCUUCAGCAAUCUGUCCGCAAUCAUACCCAGAUCCUAAUUUCUCUGAGGAACAACAGGAAGCUCUUGGCGAGAGUGAAGGCCUUUGACCGGCAUACAAACAUGGUUCUGGAAAACGUGAAGGAGAUGUGGACCGAGGUUCCAAAAGGCAAGGGGAAGAAGCCCGUAAACAAAGACAGGUUCAUCAGCAAAAUGUUCCUUCGGGGAGAUUCAGUAAUCCUGGUUCUACGGAAUACCGCGUAGCCAAACGGUAUCAAUGACGUGUUGAGCCGUGUCGGUUUUGUAGUAAUGGAGAGGACGCCGAGAGGAUCGACAUGUCCUCAUCCAUUCCCAUAUUUCUGUGUCCUUAGCUGCAUUCAUUGUAAUGGUUUCCUACUAAUGGAUGUGAAUAGCAUUGCAUUUCGUGCGAUCCAAACGGUCUGUAUUGGGUACGACACAAAUAGAUAUACUACAAAAGUCCUUGCUAUGUAGGAGAGACUAAAAGAAAUCCGCAUCGACGUAACGUUAGCGCUCAAGCGGCAUUCAGCGUGAUGUUCGCCACCAGGAACUCUGGUGUAAGGUCAGCGGUUUCGAAGUAGAAUAAGGUCGCGCUGAGGACACCCCGUGUUCCCUUGGCGAAACUUGGGAUUGCAAUGGUAAAGUUUUCGUUGGGUGGCAUGCCAGCGACAAGGGGAGGCUGAGGCUGAAAGACGAAAGUCCCAAUCACAUCUCCAACACCUGCGUUCGGAGCGGCAACGUUUGGGCAGGUCACGGUGCCGUCCGUGCCAGUGUGGCAUGGGUCCCAACCGAAAGAGAUGGCAGCAUUCACAAAGCCAGAAAGUUGCAAGGGCUGGCCUAUUUGGAUGGUGACAUUCUGUCCGGCGGUCAGUGAUUGACCAUCAGUAGGCUGGAGGAACUCGAUCUCCUGGGCUGCGGCGGAAAGACCGAGGGCGAGAACAGUCAAGAGAGGGGCAACCGAGAUUUUCAUGUUGGAUGGGUUGAGAGACACUAGUUGUACUGAGAGGACUAUUUGUACUGUGAGACGCUUGGCUGAUACUUGUGUGAGGUAAAGUGAAUGGAAGGAGUCGCGUUAUAUAAUAGGAUGACAGCACAGGUUCGGCAAAUUCAGUUGGGAGAGCAGUGCCGACUCCACCGCAAAGAUCCGGGUCCAACGUAGAAAGGGAACGGAGGGUCGGAUGGAAUCG